AUGGAGGUUACAAAGUUGAGACGGAGGGAAGAAGAGCCACAUGACAUUGUUUCCAACCAGCCAUUAAGUCGGGAGAUCAUAGCGAUUAUUCCAUCCGAGCACCUCCGAAUCCCAGCCAUCAAGCCAUAUGGAGGCACAACCGACCCUGCUGACCACUUGAGUCUCUUCGCCUCUCACAUGAUGGUCCAGGCAGCACCUGAUGCUAUGUGGUAUAGAGUCUUCCCGGCCACUUUGGAAGGACAUGCACGGGCCUGGUAUUCAAGCCUGACACACCGGUCGAUUGCUAACUUCGGACAGCUUCGGAAUAAGUUCUUGGCGCAUUUCGCUCCCCUCCGAAGGCACCAAAGGUCAACUAUGACCCUUGUGAAUCUCAAGCAGAACCAAUGGGAGUCAUUAACAGAUUUUGUGGCUAGGUUUAAUAUGGAGGCACUGAGCAUUGAGAAUCUAAAUCAGAGUAUUGCCAUGGUGGCCUUUCAAAAUGCCCUGAGGGUUGGUCUUUUUACCCAGUCACUGGCUAAGAGGCCUCCCCAGACGUUCACGGAGAUCCUGAGCCGAGCCACCAAGUACAUGAAUUUCGAGGAGGUAAUGCGGGCCAAGAGAAUUGAAUACUCAGAAAAGAAAGAGAAGAAAAGUCAGAAUAGGGAGCGGAAGCCAGAAGAUAAACCAGGCUGA